AUGAGCAUCUCAAGAACCCUUCUCCUCUUGGAUACGCCGACUGACCCAGCUUUCAGAGUUGGCGGCUCCGGUCUCAAAGUCUCCCAAAUCAUCCUAGGAUGCAUGAGUUUCGGCGACAAGAACUGGCAGCCCUGGCUCCUCGAUAGGGACGAGGCUCUCCCGGUCCUCAAGUAUGCCGUCGACAAAGGCAUCAACACGUGGGAUGUCGCCGAUACAUACUCAAAUGGAGAGUCGGAGAGGAUCCUCGGCACGGCUAUCAAGCACUAUAACAUUCCCCGCUCCAAGUUGGUCAUUAUGUCCAAGUGCUUCCAGUUUGUCGACGAGGAGAAGGGCCCUAUAGAUCCAGCAACUCUCACCAGUAACAAUGGUCCUCGUGUCAACAGAGUUGGCCUCUCUCGGAAGCAUAUUCUUGACGCAGUGGACCAGAGCGUCGAACGACUGGGAACCUAUAUCGACGUUUUGCAGAUCUAUAGGAUGGAUCGUGAUGCUCCUCUGAAGGAGAUUAUGAAAGCGCUCAAUGAUGUGAUCGAAAGCGGAAAGGUUCGCUAUACUGGUGCCAGCUCGAUGACAGCUUGGGAGUUUCGAAUGCUCCAGAAUGUUGCCGAGCAGAACGGAUGGCAUAAACUCAUCUCCAUUCAAGGUCUAUAUAACAUUGUCUACCGCGAGGAAGAAAGAGAAAUGAAUCCUUACUGCAACUACACUGGCGUCGGUCUGUUCCCCUGGUCUCCCCUUGCCGAAGGAGUUCUUGCGCAUUCUUGGACAGACAGAACAGAUGCUCGAGAGCAGAAGGACCCCUUCCUCAAGCUUCUAUUCCGCGGUGAAGACCAAAAUACCAAUCGAGCCGUCGUUGACCGUGUAGAGGAGUUGGCUCAGAAGAAGGGUGUCGCUAUGGCCCAGAUCGCGCAGUCUUGGCUGAUUGCAAAGGAUAUAUGCCUAUCUGCGGCUUGGAGAGCGAAGAAAGAAUUAAUCAGGCAGUGGGAGCACUUCAGGUGA